GUAGUUAAUUGACAUUCGCACCGCUAUUUGUUAAAAUGUUUAUUGAUGUGUUCUAUAUUUAUUAAUUUUAUAAUUGCGGGCCGUUGUUUUGCAGUGGACCGGUUUUUCCUGUUGGGCGCCUGGAAAGUCCGUGGUGCUCCUGAACGCGGCACCAUAGUCCUCCUGUAAAUGCGGCUCCGCAGAGAUUAGUAGCGGCGGCACACUGUUGCUUUCACGGGAGCUCCAUUUUUUCCUCCUUCUUUCUUUCACCAAAUACUCCAGAUUGACGCAUUGUUUCUGCACUUUCGCGUUAUUACCCCACGCCCGAGUCUGUCGCGUCUCUGAACGUGUCGGCGGAGGGAAAUGACACGUCGAGGGCAGGAGUUAACGCUGGUGUUUUUGCGGGGAUUCAAGUGGACGGUUGCCGAGUGAACAACCACCAGCAGCAGCAGCAGCAGCAGCAGUCAACUGAAGUUUACUCUUGUUGCCCUCGAUAACAAAGGGGCUCCGCUUUUCUUAUUCUUUUUGAGCCAUUAUUCGACGACCCCGCCACCGUAAAAGGUCCGGGGAGGAUUUUGAAAAUGCAAGACUUUCUUCCCCCCGCCGCGUUUGUGUUGUAAAAAAGGACAUGGACCAAAGAGAAGAGCUGUCUGAUUAACACCAAUUGACACCCAAGGCCUUUGCUUUUUUUUUUUUUUGCUUUUCUUCCUUUUUUUUGUCAAACCACCGACUCCAGAUUUGAUCACCUAAAUGUAAAGGAAAACAAUAACAACAACAACAACAACAGCCACAAAAGGAGGUUUGGUCCAAGCUACUAUGGAUAUUUUUCCCCGGCCGAGCGGUGAGAUCCAGAGGAGGAACCCUCAGAAUGACUUUGAGCGCAUUCAGAGGGUGGGAAGUGGGACAUAUGGAGACGUGUACAAGGCUCGCAACAUACAGACAGGAGAACUCGCUGCUGUGAAGAUCAUAAAGUUGGAACCGGGGGAUGACUUUUCCAUCAUACAGCAGGAAAUCUUCAUGGUGAAGGAAUGCAUGCACCACAAUAUUGUGGCCUACUUUGGGAGCUACCUCUGUCGAGAGAAACUUUGGAUAUGCAUGGAGUACUGCGGCGGAGGAUCUCUGCAGGACAUCUAUCAUGUGACUGGACCUUUAUCAGAGCUUCAGAUAGCGUAUGUCAGCAGAGAGACCUUGCAGGGCCUGAGUUAUCUGCACAGCAAGGGCAAGAUGCACCGAGACAUCAAGGGUGCCAACAUACUUCUCACAGACAACGGAGAUGUGAAGUUAGCUGACUUUGGAGUUGCAGCCAAAAUAACAGCCACCAUUGCCAAACGAAAGUCCUUCAUUGGAACACCUUAUUGGAUGGCUCCAGAAGUGGCGGCGGUGGAGAAGAACGGUGGCUACAACCAGCUGUGUGACAUCUGGGCCGUUGGCAUCACGUCCAUAGAGCUGGCCGAGCUGCAGCCUCCGAUGUUCGACCUGCACCCGAUGAGGGCCUUGUUUUUGAUGUCGAAGAGUAGCUUCCAGCCUCCCAAGCUAAAAGACAAAAAUAAAUGGUCUGCUGGCUUCCACAACUUUGUCAAAGUGUCUCUAACAAAGAACCCAAAGAAGCGGCCAACUGCAGAGAAACUUCUAUCGCAUGUGUUUGUGGCCCAGACGGGUUUGACACGGCGGCUCGCUGUCGACCUCCUCGAUAAGAUGAACAACCCAGACAACCACCAACAUUACAGCGAAGCGGACGACGACGACCUCGAGCCCGUCUCUGUUGUCAGACACACCAUCAAACAAACGACCACCAGCAAACAGGCCAGAGCUGAGAAGACGCGCUCAGAGAUGGACUCAAACGAUGGAGAAAACCAAGGAGGGCCAGUCUCAAGUCCUAGCUUCACUGAGGGACACAGGGGGGAUGCAGUCGACAAGCUACAGUUCGGACCCCCCCUCCAGAAGGAAACUGAGGCUCAUGCUGAAAUGGAUGUGAGCAAAGAUAAUGACUUCCCUUCCCCCUGGAGUCCCUUCGCCGAGGGCGGAAUAACAGCCAGGAGCCUCCUCAAAAGCGUUGAGGAUGAAUUGUUCCAACGGGGACACGUCGCUCAUCUUGAAGACGCCUUCGAGUAUCCAGAGCUGUUGACCAUCAAGCCAAUUGUUCCUCCUCCUUUGCCCCCGAAGCCGCGGUUAAACAGCUCAUCCGAGGAGCUUGGCCUUAAUGACGAGAAGUCCCUGACGGUCCGGAGGCUCCCGAACUCGGAGAACGGACCCAACCAGGUGUCUCGCCGACAGAGCACGCCCGAGCAGGGCAACAAGGAGGACGACUCCUCUCCAGAUUUCCUCUCGGUCAGCGUCAGCAGCCCCGGCCUUUUGUCCCACGCCUCCGAUCCUGCUCUCAGUAAAUCUGAAUGCAAAGAUAACGAUUCAGACGGCAGCGUGAAUGGAGGCAGCCCAAAGCCGCCGCCCAACCGGCAGCACCGCAAAGAGAAAAAGGAAUUCCCUAAACCAGCCAUCAACGGUCUGCCACCCACUCCUAAAGUCCUGAUGGGAGCCUGCUUCUCUAAAGUGUUUGACGGCUGCCCAUUGAAGAUCAACUGUGCCACAUCAUGGAUUCAUCCAGACACUAAAGAUCAGUAUCUGAUCUUUGGGACGGAGGACGGCAUCUACACGCUGAAUCUCAAUGAGCUGCAUGAAGCCACGAUGGAGCAGCUUUUCCCGAGGAAGUGCACGUGGCUGUACGUUAUCAACAACAACCUGAUGUCUCUAUCGGGUAAAACCUUCCAGCUGUAUUCCCACAAUCUCAUCGGGCAGUUCGAGCAGCUGAAGAAACCCGGCCUGGCCGCUCAGUUCCAGACUCAUCGGUUCCCAGAUAAAAUUUUGCCCAGGAGGUUUGCCUUGACGACUAAGAUACCCGACACAAAGGGCUGUCACAAGUGUUGCAUUGUGAGAAACCCCUACACGGGACAUAAGUACCUGUGUGGAGCUCUUCAGUCUGGGAUUGUGCUGUUGCAGUGGUAUGAGCCAAUGCAGAGGUUUAUGCUCAUCAAGCACUUUGACUUCCCUCUCCCCAGCCCGCUCAAAGUGUUUGAGAUGCUGGUGGUCCCGGAGCAGGAGUACCCGCUGGUGUGCGUGGCCAUCAGUCAGGGCACAGAGCCGGGCCAGGUGGUCCGCUUUGAGACCAUCAACCUCAACUCCUGCUCCUCCUGGUUCACAGAGAUCGGGACGAGUAAUCAACAGGUGGAUGCGAUUCACGUCACUCAGCUGGAGAGAGACACGGUGUUGGUGUGUUUGGACCAGAAUUUAAAGAUCGUUAAUCUCCAGGGCAAACUGAAGUCCAACAAGAAGCUGGCGUCCGAGCUCAGCUUUGAUUUCUGCAUCGGCUCUGUUGUGUGCCUUCAAGACAGCGUCCUGGCCUUCUGGAAACAUGGGAUGCAGGGAAAGAGCUUCAAGUCCAAUGAGGUGACCCAGGAGAUUUCUGAUCCGAGCAGAGUCUUCCGCCUCCUCGGAUCCGACAGGGUGGUGGUGUUGGAGAGCCGGCCGACCGACAACCCCACGGCCCAGAGCAACCUUUACAUUUUAGCCGGUCACGAGAACAGUUAUUGAUCCUCGGGCUCUUUUGAGACGCGGGAAUGCGACGUCCUCGGCUUUGGGAGAAAACUCUUAUUUGAGAAAAGCAUCUUUGUUUGAAAACCAUCGUUUGGGAGCGUUUUGUUACCGGUCCCCCGGAUGCGCAGGUCAGUAAAAGAGGAGCCUCUUCCGUCUGGAUUCAUGAGUAGCCUUAACACCAGCGAGACGUUCGCUGCAGCUCCGUUCAUCACACGCACGCGCGCGUGUCGAGGAGGACGUGUUGUACGGGAGCUGGGGGAACAUUAAAAUCUCAAACCGACUUUGUUACUUAGACUUUUCUCUCUCUUCUCUGUACUGUGGACUGAGUUACAGCAUAUCUAGAGGUAUUAUUGAUAAAAGUGCCAUUAAAAAAAUAUUCACAACAAUUGUGAUUGUAUUAGAAACCAAUGGGAGACUUGUUGUGUUAUUGACUGUCACUCAUAAUCCCCGGCCGGUAGCGGACGUUAGAGGGUUUGGAGGUUUUUAUGAUCUCUUUAGUCGGAACUAAUCGAUCAGUUUAGGCAGGAACCCGCGAGCUGUGGGUUAUUUAAGCAAUAUUUAUUAACCUCAUGUUCAGUAACAGUAUGUUGGGUUGACACGGCGACAGUCUGCUGUGAGAGGAUUAACUACCUAGUGAACAGUUCCCGAGCAGCUUUGGGUUAUUUUUACCGCGAUGUAAUGUAGUUGCAUCUCCAGCUCUGCUGCGUUAUUUUUUUUAUUUUUUAUUUUUUUUAGAAUAUAAUGUACAUGUUUUUCCUUUACCCUCCUCUUUUAUAGACCUUUUACUUCUCAUUAUUUGCACCAUGUAAGCACUUUUGUACAUUUUCUUUUUUUUUUUUUAUUUAAAAUGACAAAAUGAGGGACGAUGCUAGGUUUUUUAUUAACAUCUCUGCAUUCCCUUCGCAAAACGUUUAAUGUAUACUGAUGUUUUUUCUUUUUUUUUUGUAAUAAAAAAAAAAAAGGCUGUUGUUUUAACAUGG